CUUGGUUCACAAAUUCAUUCUGAAGUUUGUGUUCUGCGUUUUACAUCAAUAAAAAGUCAGCCAUUUUGGAAGGAUAGUGAUAAGUGGUGUGGCACUGUUGGAAAUUGAUUAAAAGAAACUCCAUUUAAGCCCAUAUUAUUGCAUUUAUACUUAUCUGUGUAACCUUUCUGGUCUGAUUUAAAAAUGGGUCGCAAGAAGAAGAAGUUGUCGAAACCUUGGUGCUGGUAUUGUAACCGAGAAUUUGAGGAUGAGAAAAUUCUGAUCCAACAUCAGAAAGCAAAGCAUUUCAAAUGCCAUAUUUGUCAUAAGAAACUCUAUACAGGGCCAGGACUCAGUAUACACUGUAUGCAGGUCCAUAAGGAAACUAUAGAUAAGGUGCCUAAUUCGUUACCCAACCGUUCAAACAUUGAUAUUGAAAUAUAUGGCAUGGAAGGCAUCCCUCCCAAUGAUCUCAGGGAACAUGAACGACAGAAGCAGGGAAGCCGACCAGCAAAUGAUUCAGGAUCUGAUGAGGAUGAACCAGCAACCAAGAGGCCAAAACCAGAAGGACUCCUGGGGAAUGCACCUGGGGCAAUGCCAGGUGUACCUGGUAUGGUGCCUGGCAUGAUGCCUCCACCUGGAAUGCCUCCUGGUAUGUCCAUGGGUCCCAUGAUGCAGAUGGGCCCCAUGGGACCACACUUUAUGCAUCCUGGAAUGCCUAUGAUGCCACCUCACAUGCAACAAAUGAUGUCUGGUCAGUCUGGGCCACCAAAACCACUGUUUCCGAGUGCUGUACCUACAUCAUCACCAAAUGGACCUACUCCUCCUGUGGUAGGAGCAGAUUUCAAACCAAUAUCCUCAGCUACAAUUAGUGCCCCUCCAACAACAAAUACUCCUGGGCCAAGUUCAGAUAGUUCCAAGGUUCCAACCAUAGCCACAACAGGUGCUGCUAGCAAGAUAAUUCAUCCACCAGAAGAUAUAUCAUUAGAAGAGAUCAGAGCCAGGAAUCCAAAGUAUUCUAGGAAUCUGCCUUCAAAAUCAGAUGAUAAUAGCAGUUCAAGUUCCAGUGUUACUGCAGCAGAGCAACUGGCGAUCGCGACGUCAGUAGCUCAACACCAAGUAGCAGCCGCCGCGGCCGCCGUUGCCGUUGCUCAACACCACAAACAACAACAGGACGCGAUGAACCACCACAACGCGGCGGUGGCAGCCGCCAUGAUGCACCAUCACCAUCAGCAGCAGCAACAGCACCAACGGGGAUUCCCAGUGCGAAUGGGCGGGCCCCCGUUGGGCAUGAUGGCAGCACAGAUGCGUCCCCAUCAGAUGCUGCCCGGCCCGCCGCAACUUAUAGGGGGGCCUCUCAUGAGGCCGCCGCCAAUAGGCAUGCCGCCAGGUAUGAUCGGUGUUCCCCCUGGUAUGGUAUAUGGAGCUCCAAUGUUUCCAGCUGGCCCAGUAUUGAUGCAGCCACGUUUCAGAUGAUCUCCGGUGUACCUGGUUUACCACCCACAAGGCCUAAACUAAGUCAAAUUUUAAUUUCUAGCUAAGAUCUAAAUCGUUUCCGUCCGGUCGUACCUUCAAAAAUAUUGGAUCGGGAAAAUUAGCCGGUUGGUAACAAAGUAUGCACAAGUGUUAACAAUGGACAAAGAGAUGAAUAAUCUCCUAGCAAAGGUAUACGAGGAGAAUCAAAUAUAUACUAGAUCACUAGUAUCCAGACCAUUCAAAGAUUAGACAUUGAAAUAGUCAUAGUUCCGCAACUUGUGAACCCAGAAAAUAUAAGUUUAUAAAAUUUAUAGAUUGUUUACUUUUUAGUAAUUGGUUCAUUCCGAGAUUUGACAAUUGAAAUUGCAACAUUUUUUUGGCCAAAUUCAUGUCACUGAAAGUACAACUUGAAACGCUGGUAUCGCAGCUCGAUAUACAGGAAUUAGGAAGUUUCCUAUAGUCGAAAAUACUGCUAGUUUCACUUGUAUAUAAUAGUAUAACUGAUAUUUUCAAAAAAUCUGAGAGAUUUAUUCCGAUACUUUGAAAUUUAAGGCAGUUAUAUGACAUUUCCAGUGGUACUGUAGUCGACCGCCUUCGCGCGUCUAGAGUGCGAUAUUAUAGAUGUAUAGGUGUCCAGUGGGAAAGUUCACUUUUUGAUUUAAGAAAAAAAAAUAACUUAAUGAAAAAAUAUUUAUUGCUAUCAACAUAUUCGUAAAUUCGGCGGGUUUUAUUUCUUAAAUAUCAUUUUGUCCAAAUGUUAGCCACACACUCUUCUAAUCGCGCGCCCCAAUUCUGAAACAGUCUCCUGCAGAGUUCCGGAGUGAUGUUUAUUUCUCGUCGAAUGUUGGAAUACACUUUUGACUUUAGAUAACCUCACAAAAAAUAAUCACAUGGCGUGCGGUCGGGUGACCUAGGAGGCCAGUAAAUGUCUCCAAACUUCGAUAUAACUUUUUGAGGAAAAAGUGCUUUCACCAUUUCCAUCGAUUCUCUGGAAGUAUGGGCAGUGGCCCCAUCCUGUUGAAACCAUGUGUUUCUGGUAAAUCGACGUUCUGUUCUUACAAUAGGAACAAAAAAGUGUCAAUCAUGUCCUUGUAUCGCUCGGAAUUGACUGUCAAUGUAUGACACACAUAACCGUCUAAGUGAAAAUGGGCCUCGUCACCGAAAACAACGUUCUCGAGUCUGCGCUGCAUAGGAGAAAGAUUCAACAUCCGUUCAGCACAAGAUUUCCGUAUUAUGUAAUCACUUUCCUUUGAAGCAUGGACUGAUUGUAUUUUAUAAGGAUGAAAACCCAUUUUUUUUCAUUAUGCCAUACAGGUUUGACCUAGGGAUUCCCAAAGCUGCGGAAUGCUUCGAUACAGAACGCCGAGGAUUUGCAAUGACCGAAUCACUUACUCGACGCACAUUUUCUUCGGGUGAUACAGUAGGGGGGCAGGAAUGGGUUGACUAAAAGUAGAGCCUGUUUCACGGAACCUCUUGACCCACUUUUUCAAUAAGUUCUAACUUGGGGUAUCUCUUGAUCCGCGAAUGUUGUAUCGUGUAAAAAGUUUCCGAAGGGCAGCUGCGUAUGAAUCACCAUUUUUAAAGUAAGGCUCGAUAGCAAAAGCACGUUGCGUUCCGGUCCAACGUUCCAUUGUGACUAUUUAACCCGCACGCUGAACGCGUCGAUCAAGACCUUUCUCCACUUCCUCGCGUAUACGGUUGCCGCGUAAUUCAAAUUUGAAAUGUGAACUUUCUCACUGGACAAUAAAUAAAACGGAAGAAGGUUUUUUGAGUAUCGAUUCCAUUAAGCUUCCAAAGGUGGACAUGAUAAUGGUUAAGAAUAUAUUAUGCGAAGCAUUAUCAUUUGACACGCAGUAACAUUUAUAAUUAGGUGAACACGCGACUUGUAAAAACCUCGGUAUUCAAGCUAGAUGUCUAGAAGAUAGCAAAUAAAAUUAGAAAUCUUUCUUAAAUUGCAUAGGUCUGACAACUUCCGUUAAGAGUCUUAUUUUGGCAUCUUACUUCUGUCGGUUGUAUUUUCCUCCGAAUUGAAGUACGAUACUAGCGCUCCAAGUGGCCAUAGUACAAAACCAACUCAAACAAUAAUGAAACGAAAUUGAAUAAAUAUUCUUGCAAUUCAAAAAAAAAGAAAACAUUUCCAUGACUUGUAUCAACCGGAGGUUUUACGAACUCGUUUCGAUACGACCGAAUCGUGUCUUUUCUCAUGAUUUUCAUCGUAUCAGUUGCACAGAAUUUGACUUAACCCAGAUACCUUGAUUUAUUGCAUGGACUGAAUGAAGCGAAAAACAUCUCAAGAACGGGUAACUGACACUUAUUUAUUUUUUGACAGGUUUGGCAAAGUGCACAAACCAAACACAUGCGCGUAACAUUUACCUGGUUGAAAUGGUAUGUAAAGCACACAUUUUUAUUUUACAUUUGACAUUUACGCAUCGGAACUACGUGUCAGAGAAGGUUGGUCCAAUUUUCUUUUUCCUACCCUAAAUAUUCUAUUACUCAUAGGCUAAUUUAUUUUUUUAUGGGAAUAGUUCGGGGCAAGUUGAUUUUUUUGGGAUAUCCAGAGAAUAGAUCUUUCAUUUCCUACUUCUUCAGUAGCGUGUUCUUUGGAACUUUUGUGUCCUGGUAUUCAAAGAGUACUUCCAAGUGCAAGCUGUUUGCUAAACUCAAAUUAGUUCUAUACUAUAUACUUCCUACUGCUUCAUGCUUGAUUGUCUGUGAAACAAUUUUCUUUGAGUUAUUUGUUCAUUUUGUACUCGUCUGUUGAUUUUCAUCAAACAUUGUUGAUAGACAGCCAAGAAGUUUUCUAUCUCAGCUAUUGUUUGCUUUCUUAUUUCCAUCGGUAGAUGGAUCAUUUCCUCACCAUUUAUUGACUUUCCAUGACAAAUCUGUUGUGUUUUUAUUUUGCUUUGGCAAAAUUUAUGCAAAUAUUGACCGAAUAAAUAGCACAGCUGUCGGGUAUACUUCGACUUAUUCAGAACUAUUCCUUAUAGCCUAUACUGCCGAAUAAUUAUGAUACAUUUCAAUGGAACUUGAUACUGUGAAACACAAUACACUGGUGUUGGUGGCAUGAAAUUUUUGUAUGGUUUUUCACAAUCUUCUAAAUUUGUUAGUCAUUAUUUUCAGAAUAUGAUGAUUACAAAAAACAAAUGUUCAAAAUCUAAUUUUGGUUUAGAACAUAUAUUUUCCAACUCAACAAAAAUUCCAUAUUUCCCAAUUACAGUAUAGCAGAACGGUAUUCUUUACAUUUUCACAGAAAUAAUUUGAACUCAUGUCUUUACCUAUAAUGUAACUGUCUCUACUUGUCAUUGUUGAAUAACUAGUUUAAGUGGAAGUCACAUGUGUAUCUCAUUCCAAACAUUGUGUUUUGUUGAAACACAUUUAAGUAUAAAUGAUAAUGAUUCUGCCUGGAUUAGAGAAUUGUGGUUAAAUUGAGUAUUCUUUCAAAAAAACGUUAGAUGUAAAUUAUUUUCUUCUUUCUAAUUCUCCAAUAUUUUUUGUGAAAGUGUAAAACAGCUGACUUUGGGUGUGGAAAUUAAACUGUACUGAUAAAAUCAAUUUUUUGUUGUAAUAGACGAUCUUAACUUUGUCUUGGACGGUAUACCAGGUUUGUACACAUUUUCAUAUUCUAUAUAACAAAGGUAAGCAACACUGCUACAUAUUAAUUCCAACAAAUUAUAACGAUAUGCAAAACGAAUUUGAUUUAGCAAUUGUUAUCCAAAACAUUACUAAUCCUAGUGGCGAGAAUCGCCUCUUUAUUGUAAGAAAAAACUUCGUAAAGGUAGGUUUUAGCAUUACUUAGCAUUUCUGAAAAUGAGUAGAUUUGAUCCGAUCAAAAUUAGAAUUAUUAAAUCUGAAAAGGUAUGACAAUUUUUGACUCAUUCUAGAUAAACAUGUAACGGUGCAACUUUGUAGGAUUUUCAUAUGUGCAGUAUAUGAAAUUCCAUGCUUGUACUUUGGAAAUGGGUGAUUUUUAUUCUAUUCCAGUUAAAAGUAAAAAUGAAAAUAAAAUAUUGAAAUCAAAAAUAUUUAUGCAACAAAACUUUGCUGAAUUCUUUUCGAAAACUAGAUUGCAUACAAAUAUUUUACUGAGUACAAGACCGACCUAAGGAUGUUGAAAAUUAACAGAUUAGUUUCACAUAAAGCAAACCAAUAUGAAAGUAUAUGCUUCUCAGGCAAUCCAACAGACUUCUUACAAAAGAAUGAGAAGGGCUCAUUUCCAAGUAUAUCCAGAAGGGUCUUUCUUGUAGAAGACAGGCGAUUGUCAGUCACAGCGCUCGAGCUGUUGGAUUGGUGCUGCCCCCUGUAUAAAUUUGCACCAAGAUGCCGCAUGCAUCUUUAUAUAUCCUCUUAGUUGUUCAACAUCAGGCGAUAAUGCUAAUAUUUUAUUCUAUUCGUCUAGAGGAGGACUACGAGCUCAAACUUAUCAAGUUUCGAUUUCAUUUUCGCGUCCUAAUUUCAUAAUGAGUUUCUAUGAAUGCUGGGUUGGAGUUAUAGAUAAUUACGAAUCACACUACAUCAAACGUAAACAUUUUAUCAUACAAACAUAGGUCGCUGAUUCAUAUUGUAAAUAUAAGGUUUAACGUUAAGCUAGAUAUAGGUACAAAUACUUGUUCCGCUAAUAGAAUAAUAUUGAUUGGAAAUAGUAUCCUGUUGAUAAUUUUGGGUAGUGCCUUCCUAGUCGAUCAGGGAAAUAAUUAGCACUACCAUCUGACCUUAGAUCGCCGACAUUAUUUUUGUAAAUAGAAGAAAUUAAUUAAUUAUAGAUAUCUUAUUAAUUGUGACUUUCACAUCCUGGUGUUAUUGUAUACAGGUGAUAUCAACUGUCACAGCAUUUGUAGGUUUUACCAGGUGGUACUACCGUGCUGUUGGGCCAUCAGUCCCCUGUCAAAUAAUGUGGCUUUACACAGGCGAUUGUGGCUACAUGGUGGCGACAAUCACAGGUGCCUUAAACCUGUUGGACCAUAUCGAAAUUAGGAUGUUUUGCGAGUUGCAGCUUGAGAAACUUUGUGUUACAUUCCGUUAGAGUGCUCUAAUUCUCUGAAUGAUCGUAGUUUCAAUAUGGACCCCUGUAAUUCACGCAAUAUAUAUGUAUUAUAUGUUCGAGGUAGUUUUACAAUAUAAUGUAAAUGUAUUUUUUAUUUUCUAUUAAUAGAAGCUCUAUCAAAAA